AUGAAGGCAAUUGUUAAGGGCUUAAUGAGUGGGAAAAAGGGCGUCAUCGACCCGAAUCCAACAGGUACCACCGAUAACUCGCGCAACACCGAAUGGCCAGGCGACGCAGACAACAUGGCACAAACACCACAAACACAACCACCGCGAACGCAAAAAUCCCAACCUAGUUCGAGUGUUUCCCAUGACUUUGAACUCGAGCCUCACGGCCUCUUCGUGCUGUACCCGACGCCCGAGGUCUAUGUGCAGGCUUCGGCACUAGAACUUGACUUCUGGCUGGAGGAUUUCCUCCCGGAUGCCUUUCCGAAAGCAAGGAUCAUGACCUUUGGGUACGACUCAGGGUUAGCAUUCAACAGAUCCAAGGCAGGCGUAGAGAGCUUUGCACGGGAUCUCUUGAAUCGAUUGAGAAUGCUUCGUUCGAGCUAUGAGGCAAAACAUCGUCCCUUGGUAUUCAUUGCCCAUAGUCUAGGUGGCAUACUGGUUAAGAAUGCCCUUGUUAUAGCACACGACGCAGCCGAUUUCUAUGGGGACAUUCUCAACUCGACCAAGGGCAUUAUUUUCAUGGCUACACCUCAUCGAGGGUCAGAGCUCGUCCCCUGGGCUCUUUUAUUAUCCAACAUUGUGAAUGUGGUGAGCUUUGGGUUGGGAAUCAAAAAGUCUCUAUUGCGCAACAUUGACCGGGACUCGGACAUGCUUGCGGAGGUCUCCAGACGGUUCGCCCACCGUGCGACUAAGCUAAGGCUCAUGAGCUUUGUGGAACAGCAGAUUGAGCGACCUUUGACCACAUUGGUUGUUCCCGAGUACUCCGCUGUGCUCAAUGUCCAUAAUGAGAUGAUCAUUCCCAUGAAUGCCCAUCACAGAAGCAUCUGCCGCUUCCGCAGUCAACAAGACCAGGGCUAUCUGCUGAUAGAAGCCGCAAUCAGAGAAAUUGUCUACCAGGCAAACGAGGAUACUCAUCCGUCAGUAUUGCUAGGAUCAACUAUUAAGGACCCAAUUGACGUCCAGCCAACUGCUGCGACAGUCAUCGCUUCUCUCAACAGCGUUUCCACUAAUAGCUCAAAACGGGCGAUUAUUGAUAGGUCGUUCGCAUCAAGAAGCCCGUCAGCCCCAUUUCCUGAGUCCUUUGGCACUUCUGCCUCGUCCCUGGCCACAGACUCGUCCACUCUGCCCGUGAGAAUGAGUGACAGCACACGACCAUCGACCCGAAGCUCGGUCGUCCCUUCAAUCUUUACAAAGCACAAUGCAGAAAUCUCCUCGCCGGCUAUUGGCCCGGUGUUUCCCUUUGAGACGGUGAAAGUUCAAAUCAGCGGCCUUCGCAAAAAGCUGAAUCUUCGCAAUUACGCUGCCGACCGGACUUGCUCUAACGUGUUGCACCUCCCGUCGGGGACUCCAUUAUCGAAACUAGGUCUCUUGCUGCCAGGCAUCAAACCGGUGUUCAGCUUCAAAUUCAAAGGGCAAGAAACAGCGAUCCCUCCCAUUUGGCGCGAUAUGUCCACGACCCCAGUCCAAGUAACGGCCGGCCGGCCCUGCUACGACAGGUCUCGGGGGUUAAAGAUCAACCAAACUCAACAGAUUGCCGCGUUCUUUAGCCGAGUGUUUCCCGAUCCCCUCGAGGCAAAACUAGACUGGGAAGCUGAUUACGAGGACUCGAGCCCCUUCUCACGGGUUUCUUCGGAAUCGAUCACAGUGGGGAGGGGAGGGGAACCGCAGCUGGUCAUCUCAUUCCAGAGAACAAUUAGAAUACCGGAAGAUUCGAAGGACUACGACCUGCCGCCGGGCCUCGGCCGGGUGCCGUUGUUCAACAUUCAUCCCUUCAGCGGCAUGCUGCCCCCAGAGAUGGUCGCACAAGGUGGAUUGUUCAUGCCUAUGUACCAGUUCGAGGCCGUGUGGAUCCAAUUCCAGUACAAGUCGGAGCUCGAUCGGAAGAAGUUCGUCAUCCGCCCUUUUCUCGGAGGCGUGAACGGCAUCUCCGGCGAAGCAUCCGUAGGGAACAUGGGCUCUGUACUCCGGCGGCCGAACACGCCAAAGCAGGACUACAUCGUGCUUCCGGAGCAGCGAUGGCUGGACGGCGUCGCCACGCGGCCGGGAAUAGUGAAACAGUUUGUUGCAACCGCGAUGGUACCUCCACAGCGAGGUCCACCAAGGGAGCAGAGGGUUUCUUGCGGGACGGGACGCGUGAAGCUCCACGGCAAGUCUCGUAGAGACGACACCGACGAGGAAACGCAGGGACCCAUCGGCGCCUCGAUCGAGUGGCAAGUAACGGGCGGGGACGAAGUCGGCGGGCUCCAGCUGCAGAUCAUACCCACUUUCGACCUUGAGAAGAUGUGUGUCUCCUCUGCGAAGAACUACACAGGCUCCGAGUUCAAUCGUCCCCAAGGCGCUCGGAAAUUCGAUGUCCUAAAGACACCCGAGGAGGAAGGCCUGCUGGUAGGCGAUAUGAUACAUGUCAAGGAUCUGAAUCACGUUCCUCAGGAACGAGACAAGCUCUUGGGAGACCUGCUGAGUGAGGCGCCGGUCCCCUUGACUGCGCAGGAUGUAAUCGAACUGGAAGCAGAGCGGGACCGGGUCGCUCAGUGGAUAGUCAACGUCGGUCUUUAUGACAAGCCCGACACAACGGUUACCUUACUGUUCGAAGAAGAUGAUGCCUGGGACGAAGUCGUGGCUAUUGUUCAGGAUAAGAUGCAGUCAGACGGUAGCCUUUGCUUCGUAUCGACUGCAAGGAAUGGUGUUCGAGGCCUGGCACCACUGGGAUCCUGGUUUGACCUCUCUGCGUUGAAGAGGAACAUUGACAACAAGGCCCCCAGCGGUCUUAACUCUGAAGAAGCACAACGCUUGCAGAACCCGCAGCAGCAGAGUCUAGUCUGGGUCCCACCUGGCGCAUCCGGGCUACGAUUUCUGUGCGUCGUGAGUUCUGACUGGAAGAUAUCUCCGAGAUACGGCGGCAAGAACCCCGUGUACAGAAUGUACAUUGCUCUGGAAGAGUCAGCAACCACGGCAGAGCUCCGCAAGGAGAUCGAAAAGGCGACAGGCUUGUCGACUUCGGCCUAUGAGAUCAGUUCAUACCGUUCUGCCGCACAUGCCGAUACUUGGACCGUUCUCAGUGGCAGGAUCGACAUGGCCACUUUUAGCUCUCCAACGUUCGAUCUCGUUUACAGCCCGUACAGAGAUGGAAAGCAGGGCAAAGGGCCGAUUCGAAUUCACAUCACGCCUGAGGAUUCCAUCGAGGCUGUUACCAUUGAGUGCGAACCGGACUGUACCUUUGACGAGCUCGGCGACCGUAUCCAGCAGGAGGUCAUGGAUAUCCCGCGUCGCGCGCAACGUCUGUACUCGGGGAAGACAUACUUGGACCCCGUCGAGGCCGGACGAUACACGCUCAGUUCACUCCGCAUAAUGGAUGGAGACACAUUACGUCUGGAACGCCCUCUUCAUGGUGUUUACGUCAUGACCCUAACCGGUAAGAAGCUUGUCGUAAAGUGCGACUUGUCUAGCACAGUGGAAAAUCUCAAGACUCGAAUCCGGGACAAGGAAGGCAUACCGGUGGACAUGCAACGACUGAUAUUCGAGGGGAAGCAGCUUGUGGAUGUUCAUGUCUUGAGUGACUAUAAUAUCCAAAAUGAAUCCUUACUCCAUCUCGUUCUCACACUUCGCGGUGGCGGCGCAUCUGUUUUCGUCCGGUAUAACGGCCAGGUCGAGAGGAUAUCCAUAGUUCACAAGACUAUAGCGGAUAUCAAGCUGGCGCUCCACAAGAGGUUGGGCAUCCCUGUGGAGAAGCAGGCUUUGUUCUACAAUGGGGCCCUUGUCCAUGAAGGCGAAUCCCCCAACGCCUACGCAGAGAAGCAUCUUGACCUCGCCGCAUUGCCCGAGUCGCACCCGCAGCGGCUUGCCGUCGGCGCUGGCGGCAGCAUCGUCCAACGUAUUGAGCGCGACACGACGAGAGACCCACGCGUCUGGGAUGUCAGCGCCGCGCGCAUCCUCAAUGUGCAGAUCAUCGACGCUCGCACCUUCCGCAUCGUCACAGGGCUCAACCCACCGCCUAGUCCUGUCUCGGCGGAGACGUACAGGGAAUGGGAGUUACCGCUUUACCAGUUCAACAUGGAUGACAAGGCUAAGGAGCAUGGGAUUGAUCCUGGGCAGUGGGGGAGCAUCUUGGGUGUUGCGGAGGUGUCGGAGGGAAAGUUGCGGAGGGAGAGGAAUAAGAAGGCCGGUGCGAUGAGUCAGGAAGGUACGGUUAUGAAGGAGGUGAGGUGGGGUUUACGCAGGGAUGGGGGUUGGGGUCGGCUUGAUGACGGGGAUUUGGGAGAGGAGGACGAAGAAGGAGAAAGUGGAGGAGGAGAAGGAGGAGAGGCGGUUUGCUGGGAUCAGAGCCUCGAAUUCCCCGUCGUGCUGCUUGCCGUCGACGACUCGGUGCCGAGGUUUAGGAGCAUCGCCGAGCUUAGCUUAUCCGUCGAGUGCGUCGAGGCCGUGGUGGCCCUGGCUCGCGACAAAGGCAAAUCUGAAGACGAAGAUAGGCACGUUAGACCGGCCGCCUUGGAGGUCUUGGGAGCACAGCCCAGCCUAUCCAGCGAGCGCCUCGAGGUUGUGGCGGCACUCUUCGUUAAAGACGAGGACUCGUCGGUCAAAUGGGCCGCCUUAAAGGUCUUCGAAGGACAGUCCAGCCUAUCCCACGUGCCCUGCACAGCCAUAGCAGAACUCCUCGAAGACGAGUCCUGGUACCUCAGACGGCAGGUCUUAGAGACGUUGAAAGCACGGUCCAGCGUACUAGAUGAGCGCCUCGAGGCCCUAGUGGUAGCAUUCCUUGGCGUCGAAGUCAGGGAGCGCGUCGCGUUGGUAGCCUUGGAGGUCUUGCAAACACAGCCCAGCCUAUCCGACAAGUGCCUCGCGGCCGUGGCGGCACUCCUAGAAGACAAAAAUGAGGUCCAGUCGAUCAAAUGGGCCGCCUUGUCCGUGCUAAGACGCCAUGACGAAGGCUACUCUGCCCUUCUUCGCGGUCCAUCUUCAGGAUCACUGAUCCAGGCCUUCUUGUCGGGUAACUUUGAGGAACAAUGGAGUUGGUACGUCGAGGAUGGGGCGUCCUGGAUAAACGGGCCAGAUGGGGUCAGAAAUGCUGGCAUUGAUGACAUGGAGAUGUUCAAGGACAUGGUCAUGGAGGCGUGGCCAUGCGGAAUUCCACUCCAGCGGGCGUCGGAGGAGGGGGACAUAUGGUAG